AUGGGGUAUACGAGUACUGUUAGUAGUGAUGCGGUUAACAGUAACCAGAGAGAUGAAGACGGCUUAGCGUCACUGGCUGACCCUUUGCUGCCGCCCUCCGCCACUCCCCUUCCCGCUCCCGCGACCUCCGCCACUCCUCUUCCCCGUCCCCCGACCUUAGCCACUCCCCUUCCCCCCCUUCCUCCUCCGCUCAUCCCCGGCUCCCGCGUGCGCUCGCCCGUGCACCUGGCGCAGCUGCGGCGCCGUUGGCGCUGCUUGAGCACGCGCGGGAAGUGGGUGCUUCCGCCCGUCCCGCGCCUGCUGCCGUGGUCGCGGAAGCAGAGCCACCGGAGCGAGUGGGAGUGUGACGACCGUUGGAUCCACACGCCCGGCCACGUGGCGUUCCGGGACGCGGAUGUGAUUGCAGCGAAGGCGAUUGCAGCAAAACGUGGGUGGAAGGUGGAGAGCGGUGAGUGCGGAGAGUGGAGGGAUGUGGACGGGUUGAGACUUGCUGAGAAGCUGGCGGGGACCAAGGUGCUUAUAGUGGGGGAUUCGAUCAACCACAUCUUGUAUUCUGCCCUGCGCAAUCAGUUUCGCAUGGUAACCACUAUAGCAGAGCUGGGUCUGCUGAGUGAUUCAGCACUUAAGACUGUUCUCGCUUUUGACGCUGAGGGUCGAGCCAUCGACUUUGAGGUUUGGGUAGAUGACCUGCAGCUUUUCCUACAGUGCGAUAGGGCAGACGGUCUCUCCCUCUUUGACCUCACCUCUGGUGCUUCCCCUGCCCCUGCUGCCGAUGCCGACGCCACUGUUUGCUCCCAGUGGGCCACUCGCGAUGCUGCUGCACGUCUUGCUGUGCGUCGCCACCUGUCUACCACUGAGCGCGCGCACUUUAGUCAGUACAAGAGUGCUCAGACCUUGUACAACGCUGUAGUUGCACGCUACUCUUCCCCUGCCACUGGUGCACUGAGCCGCCUCAUGCUACCGUACCUCUUUCCUGACCUUGCUGCCUUUCCCACAGUCGCUGACCUCAUUACGCACCUCCGCACUAGUGACACUCGCUACCGCGCCGCGCUUCGUGCUGAGUUCUGCGCCAAGAACCCCCCCCCCAUGUACAUCACUCUCAAUUAUAUAGUCACCCGCCUCCCUGACUCCCUUCGCGUAGUCAGGGACCACUUCCUCUCAGUCUGUCCCACCACUCUCACUGUUGACCUCCUAGAGAAGACCCUCCUAGCAGCGGAGAAGAGCAUAGUCGCUGUAGGAGCCUCUCAUGGUGACCCUCGCACCCCCAUCUUUGAGGGGUGUUCCCCUUCCCCCCUGUUGCCCUUUGUCACCUCUGCUGCUGCGGCCGACCUCGUUGGUCUUGAGUCAGUCGGUGCGGCGUCUGCCCCUAGCGGGAGACGCCGCUCUGGCAAGGGCAAGGGGGGCAAGGGCGCGUGUGGAGCUAGCGGGGGUGGUGGAGGUGGCGGUGGAGGCGGCGGAGGGAGUGGGGGUGGCGGUGGGAGUGGUGGCGGGGGUGGAGGUGGCGGUGGCAGCAGCAGAGGCGGAGGCGGCGGCGGCGGUAGCGGUGGGAGCGGAGGCGGCGGUGGUGGCGGCGGUGGAGGCGGCGGUGGUGGAGGAGGUGGAGCUGGUCGGGGUGGUGCUUCGCAGCGGAGCGGCUCCGGGGGUGGUCAGCGCCAGCAGCAGCAGCAGCAGCAGCGUUCUCGGGACAUCCCCCCUCCUCAGCAGCUCCGUGAGUGGUACACGCAGCGUCAGCGUGGUGGGGGUUUUGGCCCGUGCACCUACGUCCUUCGCUCCGGCGACCGCACGGGUGAGCAGUGUGGGGGUGCCCACCCCACCCAACGCUGCUUUGGCCGCCUGACGGACGCUUGGCGUCAGCAGUUCCCGGAGGCUAGUGAGAUCCCCCGCUGGGGAGAGCUGUCUAGGGCAGGUGUAGCUAUCUAUGAUCUUCACUUUGAUGCUAUCCUUGCUGCCAUGUAUGCUGUGACUAUUAGUGAUGAGGGUGACUGUUACCGGUGUUUCCCGCCCGACCCAGGCAUUGGUACUGCUGCUCUAGGUGCUGGUGAGGCUGGUGCUCUAGGUGCCAGUGCGUCUGCGCCCUCAGGUGCUGGUGAGUCUGCGCUCUCAGGUACCACGUCGGCUUCGGCCUCCCUCACCUUCACACUUGACUCAGGGGCUUCUCGCUCCUUCUUUCAAGACCGCACCACACUCACGCUGCUUGGUCGGCGGGUUGCAGUCUCCUUGGCAGACCCCUCUGGGGGUCCUGUCCUCUCUCACUUCUCCACUGUCCUCCCGUGUCCGGCUGCCCCCUCUGGCACCUUGUCUGGUCUUUACCUCCCCUUGUUCUCUACGAACUUGGUGAGUGGUGCUGACCUGCAGGAUACGGGGAUUCACCAGUUUACUCCUGCGAGUCAGCGGGUGACCCACUGCUCGGACGCUCGCACGGGCCGGCACCUGGCCACCUUUACGCGUCGGCCGGGGUCGAGCCUCUACACCCUGACCACUGGGUCCCCUCCUGUCCCUGCUUCUGGACAGGUAGCUGCGUCGGGUCAGGUGUUUGCUGCAGCGUCCACGUCUGGUCCUGAGUCUGCCCCCUGCUCGUGUUGCCUCCUGUCUCACGAGACUCUCCUGUGGCACCACCGUCUUGGUCACCCCUCCCUGCCUCGUCUCCGGGGCAUGGCUUCCCGUGUCCUUGUCUCUGGUCUUCCCCGGUCCCUCCCUCCCCUUCCUCCGGGGCCUAGUCCUUCCUGUGUCCCCUGUGUCGAGGGGCGGCUCCAGGCUGCCCCUCACUCCUCUCAGUUUCCCCGACAGAGGCCCCGCUGCAGACGCUUCACAUGGACGUGUGGGGCCUAG